AUGUCAGGGCAACCCGAAUCGUCCUCCGCUGGGGCAAGAAAGGCUCUCCAUGCCAAUGCCAACGGUACAGCGCCUGACUACGAACUGCCCUGGUUGGUAGAGAAAUACCGACCUGUCUACCUCGAUGAUGUUGUGGGAAACUCAGAGACGAUUGAGCGACUCAAAAUCAUCGCCAAAGAUGGGAACAUGCCUCAUGUCAUUAUCUCGGGAAUGCCCGGUAUUGGCAAAACGACCUCGAUCCUAUGUCUUGCGCGUACUCUACUUGGUGAUGCAUACAAGGAGGCUGUCCUCGAGUUGAAUGCUAGCGACGAACGAGGUAUCGAUGUUGUACGGAACAGAAUCAAAGGUUUUGCCCAGAAGAAGGUGACGCUGCCUCCGGGUCGACACAAGCUGGUGAUCUUGGAUGAAGCAGACAGCAUGACUGCUGGAGCGCAACAAGCUCUGCGAAGAACCAUGGAGAUUUACUCGAACACAACUCGCUUCGCCUUCGCUUGUAACCAAUCAAACAAGAUCAUCGAACCUCUGCAGUCGAGAUGCGCCAUCCUACGAUAUUCACGCCUGACGGACGCGCAAGUCGUGCAACGGUUGAUGCAAAUAAUCGAGGCAGAGAAGGUCGAGCAUACCGAAGACGGCCUGGCUGCUCUCGUGUUUAGCGCCGAGGGCGACAUGCGACAAGCCAUCAAUAACCUGCAGAGUACGUGGGCAGGAUUCGGUUUCGUCAGCGGGGACAACGUAUUCCGAGUUGUCGACAGUCCGCAUCCCGUCAAAGUUCAAGCAAUGAUCAAGGCAUGCUGGGAAGGGAAGAUCGACAGCGCUGUCGACUCGCUCAAGGAGUUAUGGGAUCUUGGGUACUCCUCACACGACAUCAUCAGCACUAUGUUCCGGGUGACCAAGACGAUUCCGACGCUUUCGGAGCACUCGAAACUCGAAUUCAUCAAAGAAAUUGGCUUCACUCAUAUGCGCAUUCUCGAGGGAGUGCAAUCUUUUCUGCAGUUGAGCGGCUGUUUAGCGAAAUUGUGCAGGAUUAACAUGAAGCCCGAAUUAUUCGAAGUGCCGACGUGA